CAUAAAAAAAAAUGGAGGUCAAAAGCAUGAUGAACACUGCCACAACGCUAAUGAUCGGUCUUGUGUUUAUAAUGAUCAGCGUCGUCGCUGCGGAGGAUCCGUACAGAUUCUUCGAAUGGCACGUAACUUAUGGCAACAUAUCUCCCCUCGGCGUUGAACAACAGGGUAUAUUGAUCAACGGAAAGUUUCCAGGACCGGACAUAUACUCAGUUACCAAUGACAAUCUCAUCAUCAACGUAUUCAACCAACUCGACGAACCUUUCCUUAUAUCAUGGAGCGGGAUUGAAAAUCUGAGAAACUCGUUCCAAGACGGAGUGUACGGAACGACGUGCCCAAUCCCGCCGGGGAAGAACUACACCUACGCCCUUCACGUUAAGGAUCAGAUCGGAAGCUUCUACUACUUCCCGUCGCUCGGAUUUCACAAAGCCGCCGGCGGAUUCGGUGGUAUUCGUAUCUCCACCCGUCCACUGAUACCUGUCCCUUUCCCUCCUCCCGCCGAUGACUACACAGUCCUCAUCGGCGACUGGUACAAGACCAAUCACAAGGAUUUGAGGGCAAAACUCGAUAAUGGUGGAAAGCUUCCUUUACCUGAUGGAAUUCUCAUCAAUGGCCGUAGUAGCGGUGCCACCAUCAUCACCUUUGAACCAGGGAAGACAUACAGGCUGAGAAUAUCAAAUGUUGGAUUACAGAACUCACUCAACUUCAGAAUCCAAAACCAUGCGAUGAAGUUGGUUGAGGUCGAAGGGAGACACACUCUUCAGAACGUCUUCUCUUCGCUCGAUGUUCACCUCGGUCAAUCUUACUCUGUCCUUGUAACAGCAGACCAGCCUGCGAAAGAUUACUACAUUGUGGUCUCAAGUAGGUUUACUCCAAAGGUCCUCACCACCACCGGUGUUCUCCAUUAUAGUAAUUAUUCUGGACCUGUUUCUGGACUUAUCCAAGCUGCACCAACUCUGUUGAGCUGGUCUUUUAACCAGGCUCGAGCUAUCAGGACCAACCUUACAGCAAAUGGACCAAGGCCAAACCCACAAGGUUCAUUCCACUAUGGUAUGAUAAACAUUACUAGAACGAUCAGACUUGCUAACUCUGCUGGACAGAUCGAAGGCAAGCAACGAUACGCCGUGAACAGUGCAUCGUUUUACCCGGCAGACACCCCUCUGAAACUAGCGGACUACUUCAAAAUCGAUGGUGUAUAUGAGCCUGGAAGCAUAUCUGACACGCCCAUUAAGGGAGGAUUAUUCCCUGCCACAUCUGUAAUGCAAGUUGAUUACAGAGCCUUUGUGGAGGUUGUUUUCGAGAAUUGGGAAGCUAGUGUUCAGAGCUGGCACCUUGACGGUUACUCUUUCUUCGUUGUUGGAAUGGAACUUGGGAAGUGGAGUCCUGCUAGUAGAAAAGCUUACAAUCUAAACGACGCAGUCUCACGCUGCACUGUUCAGGUGUAUCCGAAAUCAUGGACUGCGAUAUACAUAUCACUGGACAACGUAGGAAUGUGGAACCUGAGAUCAGAGUCGUGGGAAAGGCAAUACUUGGGACAACAGUUGUACAUGCGUGUUUACACAAACUCCACUUCUCUCAGAGAUGAAUACUUGAUCCCCAAGAACGCUCUUCUCUGUGGUAGAGCCACCGGCCGCCACACGGCGCUGUUGUGAGUUGAGUUGAGAGAUACUGAUAGAUAAUUGCAAUAAUUUGCUUGAAAACGAUUGAUAUUUCAUAUCUUGGGUUUUUGGGAGUGUUCUUGUUUAAUAAGCUCUUGAAGAGCAGUAUGGUGUAUGCUUUUUAUAUUGGGUAUAGUAAUCAGAUGGUGGAUUGGUAUGAGUAUAAUUAUGAAGACUU